AUGCUAUUAUGGAAGAAGACGCCACUCAUGUCGAAAAGCAUCCAAAGAAGGAUCAAGAAAACGAAUCAAACGAAAAAGAAGAAGAAGAAGAAGAAGAAGAAGAAGAACCAAAAGUGGAAAAAGCAAGCAAAACUGUCGAUGACGAACCAAUUGAAGCUGAGACUGAAGCUUCUGAAGUGUCUCUGGGCAAAUCUACUCCCCCAGAAACUGCAUCAAACUCAGCUCCAGUUUCAUCAUCUGGUACCACCGGAUCUUCAUCAUUUUACCAACAAGAAGACUACUCGACUCCAAAUUUAUCAGAAUAUCAAUUGGAACACGAUAUCAAAGAUCACGGUGAUUUAUUGGAUCACGUUCAAUCUUAUGAUUUAG